AACAGCUGUUAAAAAUAUUAUUCUUCUAUAAACAAUAUUCGCCUGAAAUUUUCCGAAAAUUUUGGGGCUUUUAGAAGUUGAGGGGCAUGGCGAGCAACCGAAAAAUCGAAGAGGGACUGGAGCACGUGAAAAACGCCGAAAAAAGUUUGAAAACCGGCCUGUUAAAGUGGCGGCCCGACUACGAAAAUGCCGCCGACGAGUUUAAUAAAGCAGCCACAUGCUUCAGAAACGCAAAAUCCUAUCAGCAGUGCAAGGAUUGCCUUCUGAAAGCUGCGGACUGUCACAAACAAAACAGAGGGCUGUUCUAUGCAGCCAAGGCUCUCGAUCAAUGCAUAUCAAUAUGCAAAGAAAUGGGCGACCUGAGGGACAUUUACAGUAUGGCCGAGAGGGCUGCCCACAUGUUUCAAAGCCAGGGCAGCCCCGACUCCGCCUCGUCCAUUUUAGAAAAGGCGGCCAAAAUAUUGGAAAGUAACGUGCCCAUGGAGGCCUUAAAUUUGUAUAAACAUGCUGCUGAAAUUGCUCAGAUACAAGAUAACCAACGACAAGCGGCGGAAUUCACCAGUAAGGUGGCCCGUUUGCACGUGAAAUUGUUGCAAUACGAUCAGGCUGCCGAUGCUAUAAGACGAGAAAUCGGCAUCCACCAGGCCAACGAGUCGAUCCAGGCUUUGGGGCGGCUGGUGGUCGCCCUCGUCCUGGUACAGCUUGCCAGGGGCGACAUCGUGGCCGCCGAAAAGGCCUUUAAAGAGUGGGGAAACUAUUGCGACCCCAGCGAGAUCCAAAACCUGGAGAUGCUGCUGCAGGCGUACGACGAGGAGGAUCGGGAGAACGCGCAGCGGGCCCUGAACGAUCCGUUCAUCAAACACAUGGACGUGGAGUACGCGAUCUUGGCGCGGGAUCUGCCCCUGCCCCAGGGGGCCCCCGCGUCCCAGAAGAAGCCAAUCGUGGAAAACGCGGCCGGCGAGUACAAGAGGGUGCGACCCCAGAACGACGAGUAUGUGCCGACGGAGGCUCGCGGGGCUGCGGAGGGCUCAAAGGAGCCCGCGGAAGAAGACGAGUACGAGGGAGGACUCUGUUAAAUGUAUUUUAUUGUGUAUUUUCAGGUUUAAUCGAUGUUGUGAUUUAAGGGAAAGUGAUACGUUUUUUGUGGUGUGUAGCGCCGAUUAUUAUAAGUUUCAUGCUUUAUGUCAUUUUGUUUGGCAUAAAUUCCACUUAGGCGUCGCAAUUUAGUGUUUUAUCGGUAUAUUGUACUAUCAACUAGCCUAAUUUAAGUUACAAUAAAGUAUUGAAGCGCUAAUAAA